GGAAGCCCUCGAUUGGCACUCAGCUGUGCUUUUUAGUGCAGCCCUGAUUUUUACACAACAUAAACAUCUCUUUCCGGGUUGAUAGCACCUCUGCCGGAUCUAGGACACAGGAGAUGCUCUGAGCACAAGCGCAGGUGGAUGUGGAGCAGCCAAAGCAGGAAUCGCCAGGAUACCCGCCAUGAAGGUCCUUUCGCGACUGGGUCGCCUCAUGCGCUACACGGUCGCCUAUGCGGCCAUCACACACUGCACCUUCGAGUACAUCGGCGACUUUGUCCUGUGCAAAGGACCCUCAAUGGAGCCCACUCUCUACUCGGACAACGUGUUGCUCACAGAACGCCUGUCGAAGCACUGGCGAACCUACCAGCCAGGAGACAUCGUUAUCGCCAUCUCGCCUAUCAACGCCAGUCAGUUCAUUUGCAAACGGAUCGUUGCCGUGUCCGGUGACCAGGUGCUCAUCCAGAAGCCGACUCCCAUCGAAGCCGAAUACAGCGGGAGUCAGGAUGUCAAAACGAAGCCCAUAAUGAUUAAGGACUAUGUGCCGCGCGGCUACGUUUGGAUCGAGGGAGACAAUAAGGGUAAUAGCUCGGAUUCACGCUAUUACGGACCUAUUCCGGUGGGUCUCAUCCGGAGUCGUGUGCUCUGCCGCAUUUGGCCAAUAUCCGAGGCCACCGGACUGUAGAUUGACUUCCCGAAAGAGUUUUACUCUAGUUUUUUCUCAACUGAACCCAUUCGAGUGGCCUACUUUUAAAGGAAAUUCUAGAUCAUAUAUUUUAUAGAUCCAUUUCAUAUGCGGUUCUCGUCUGAUUUGUGCGACAAGUGGGUCUUGAAUUUGCGAUCCUUUGGAUGUUAUGUAAUACAAAUAAACCAGAAGAGCGUUUGAGAAACUGCCAAUCAAAUAUUUAUUAUUAAUAUACAUUCACUAGAACGGCUUUAUUUUAUCAUUUGCAGACAUUUGUUUAUUUAAAAAAAUCUAAAAUUAAUAAAUUGUGAUUAUUUAUCAAAACUGA